AUGGCAGAGUAUUACGGUCCCAUUCCUCCGCCCAUGCCAUUUGGUUCAAGACCUGAACUCCGAAGGCCAUCGCAACCGUCACUGGAUGCCAGCAUUUCGGAUCUCACCCGGAAGAACGCGGUAUACUUCCCCAACUACAGAGUAUACCGAGGAGAGACGCCCGCAACACUGAAUUACAACUACAUCAGUCACGUCUUCUACGCCUUUGCCCACGUCUCUCCGGAUGGUGGCGUGUUCCUAAGCGACGAAUGGGCCGAUGCACAAAUGCCCGUUGACGGCGCUACUGGAUGCCUUGGGGCAUUCAUGCGAUUGAAGCAGCAGCACGAAUAUCUCAAGGUGAUUCUGUCUAUUGGUGGGGGUGCCGCAAGCCAGAAUUUCGCAGCAGUGGCAUCUAGCGCUGUAACUAGAGACAACUUCGGGCAGUCUGCUAAGAAUCUGGUUGAAGCUUCCGGAUUUGACGGAAUCGACAUCGACUGGGAACACCCCUCAAAUCCCGAACAGGGACAAAACUUCCUGGAGCUCCUCGCCACAAUAAGAAUACAUUUGCCAGAGCAACGAUACCUCCUCAGCGCAGCCCUCCCAGCGGGUCAAUGGGCGCUGCAAAAUAUCGACCUCUACAAAGCCCAACGCUACCUAGACCUAAUAAACCUCAUGGCCUACGACUUCACCGGUUCCUGGUCCCAAACAGCCGGACACCAUGCACAACUCUUCCCAGGUACGCCCGACGAGCCUUCAGGCUCUGCGGCCGUUGAUUAUGUCCUCUCGAAAGGCUUUCCAGCCGCGAAGAUCUUACUCGGUGUCCCGGUCUACGGGCGCUCGUUUCUUGGCGCCGCGGGCCCGGGAUAUCCUUUUACUGGGCAUGGCGGCGAAGAGGGGACGUUUGAGUAUAAACGCCUACCGCGGCAGAACGCCGAGGAGAUUGUCAACACGCGUGUUGUGGCUGCGUUUUGCACGGGUGGCGAUGGCGGGUUUGUGACGUAUGAUAACCCGGAGACGGUGAAGAUGAAGGCGGGGUAUUGUAGGGAGAAGGGACUUGGUGGAUUAUUCUAUUGGACCGGCACAGCAGACAUGCCACCCGGGCCGCGGAGCCUGAUAUCGGCUGGUUUCAAAGCACUGCAUGGCUCCUAA